UGUGAUGAAUGAUGAUGGAUGACAUGACAGCCGAACAAAAAUUACGGCGUGGAUUUAUGGUUAAAAAUUUGCGAAAAUCUGUUGACUGUUUCUCGAAAUAAAUGUUAGAUUACAGAUAGCUGCGUUAUUUGCAUGGUGAUUGAUAAUUGUACUUAAAAGUUUUUAAUGUCAAUAUAAUGACCGAUAAUUCAAAAGUUUCGAGGCAAAGUUUGUGCAUAUCAUUGUCGUUAGCGCGUAAGUCGGGCUCUUCGGUGUUUGGUGUGUUAUAGCAGUGGUGGACGGUGUUAUAGGAGAUGGUGCCGAUGGUGUUAGCAAACGGAUCGAAAGAGAACUAUAUUUGAUUGUGUAUACUGAGGUUUUGCAGUAGAUUAUUGUUAAGAUGUAUCCAACUGCUACGCGGCACCCGGCGGCCGCGGUAAGGGGACCUCAGCCACCUGCAGGACCUAUAAAAUUUACAAUAGCUGACACACUAGAGAGAAUUAAAGAGGAAUUCAACUUUUUACAAGCCCAAUAUCACACUUUGAAAUUGGAAUGUGAGAAACUGGCCAGUGAGAAGACGGAAAUGCAGAGGCAUUAUGUUAUGUAUUAUGAAAUGUCAUAUGGUCUUAAUGUGGAGAUGCAUAAACAGACAGAAAUAGCAAAGAGACUGAGUGCUAUAAUAGGGCAGGUGCUCCCGUUCUUGGCACAGGAGCAUCAGCAACAAGUGGCUUCUGCCGUGGAGAGAGCUAAGCAAGUCACCAUGUCAGAACUCAACGCUAUCAUUGGGCAACAACAACAGCAGGGUCUGCAGCAACUGCUUCAGCAGAUCCACGCGAGCGCGGGCCUGUCGCACGGCGUGGGCGGCGCGCAGGCGCUGCUGGGCGCCGGCGGCCUGCUGUUCGCGCCCGGCGCCGCGCCCCCGCCGCCGCCGCAUCUACCUCCCCCCGCACACAAGGUGGAGCUCCCCCCUCCCGCGGACAUAAAGCCCCCCGUGCUGCCGGGCGGGCCGGCGCCGCCGCCGCUGCUGCCGGGGCAGCCGCCGCCUAGAGACGACGACCGGCUCGGUCCUAGGGGGCAUCCACAGUUUUCCCCCAAGCCGCGUCGCUCGGUGUCCCCGCACGAGCGCGAGCAGAAGUACCGGCCGCGCUCGCCCGAGCCCGAGGCCCUCGACGUCAAGCGCAGGAAGGAGGAGAAGGUACUGGGCCAUGUGAGUCUAUGUAGUGACAGCGACGCCGAAAAAAGUGAUCAAGAUCUUGUUGUUGAUGUGGCAAACGAGGAGGAGAGAGGGUCACCCAGUGUCCGCACGGAGGGAGGAGAGAGGACAGAGAACGGGCCGCGACCUCCUUCGAGAUCAGGCUCGUCCUCCAGUCGGUCCACGCCCAAGAGUUCCAAAGACGAAAAGCCAGGCACACCGGGCAGCACAGCGGGCUGCACGGGUGGAACGGGCGGGAAGCCUCGAGCCGGGACGCCGACCGGGCGCUACGCCCUCCCCUACGCCUACCGCGCCCCGCACGCGCCGCUCUACGACCCGCGCGCCAACGGCAUCGCGCCUGCCAAGCCGUUAGUAUUACACGUACACUGUGUCUUACUGCACUACCCACCUGCUGCCUACGCCUACCGCGCCCCGCACGCGCCGCUCUACGACCCGCGCGCCAACGGCAUCGCGCCUGCCAAGCCAGCAUAUUCAUACCACUCAUGCGGCGGUCCCCUGCAGCCGGUGGGCUUCCCGGCGGACGCGCUGGGCGGCGCGGGCGUGCCGCGGGCUGCUCGCGCCGUGGCCGCCUUACCGCACGGCGAGGUCGUCUGCGCAGUCGCGCUGUCACUGUCGGGGGCCUCGCGACACGCCUACACCGGCGGCAAGGGAUGCGUCAAACUAUGGGAUAUAUCCAAUCCAGGCUCACCUGCGGCGUUAGAACCCUUGUCGCAGCUUGAUUGUUUGCAACGCGACAACUACAUUCGUUCGGUGAAGCUGCUGCCGGACGGGCGGACGCUGAUCGUGGGCGGCGAGGCGUCCAACCUGUCCAUCUGGGACCUGGCGUCGCCCACACCCCGCAUGCGGGCCGAGCUCACCUCCUCCGCGCCCGCCUGCUACGCGCUCGCCAUCAGCCCCGACUCUAAGGUGUGCUUCAGCUGUUGUUCAGACGGCAACAUAGCGGUGUGGGAUCUUCAGAACCAAACAUUAGUUAGGCAAUUCCAAGGUCACACGGACGGCGCGUCGUGCAUCGACAUCAGCGGCGACGGCACGCGGCUGUGGACGGGCGGGCUGGACAACACCGUCCGCUCGUGGGACCUGCGCGAGGGCCGCCAGCUGCACCAGCACGACUUCUCCAGCCAGAUCUUCUCGCUCGGAUACUGUCCCACGGGUUCGUGGCUAGCAGUGGGCAUGGAGAACUCUCACGUGGAGGUGCUACACGCGGGCAAGCCGGACCGCUACCAGCUGCUGCUGCACGAGUCCUGCGUGCUCUCGCUGAAGUUCGCGGCCGCCGGCAAGUGGUUCGUGUCCACGGGGAAGGACAACCUGCUCAAUGCUUGGCGUACGCCUUAUGGAGCUAGUAUAUUCCAGUCUAAGGAGUCAUCAUCGGUGCUCAGUUGUGAUAUAUCAGCGGACGAUAAGUUCAUAGUGACGGGUUCAGGUGACAAGAAGGCGACAGUCUACGAAGUGAUGUACUGAAGUGUCAGUGUCGGUAAUCUCAUAAGUUAUAGGCAAUAAUGAACGUUGUUCGAGGUCCAGUGCGAAGUGACUGUGGUUUUAUAUCAAACUUUAGUUGCCUGUAUUCAUUGUUACGGAUUUUUUUAUUAAAGAAGUCAUCAAAUUAUGGGUGUCUUAUAAGGAAUACGGCGAGUGACAAGAUUUUUUAUAGAAGGAAAAGAUUUUAGUAAUCUUUUGUGGUCAAUAGAAACAUCCUUUUAUAUUAGAGGUGACAUUUUUUCCAAAAUGUGUUAUUACUACUAAAAUGUGCUAUAGCUAUAAACUUUUGAAAAAUACAGAGCAAGGCUUCAAAAUAAACUCACAGACUCCGUAAUGUUAGGUUAGAGUAGUAGUACUUCAUGAGCCUGAGUGCUUAAAUGUCGAUCUGUGGCGAUCUGGACAAUAUAACCAGUCCAGUAGUGACGGUUCCAUAGCAAUCAGACUGUUAUCGUGAGUUCCUUGCUAAAUGAAUGUUCCUCUUUAUAAUACAUGGCUGAAUAAAUUCGUAUUAUCCUUUUAGUGGAAAGCUAAAGAAAAUAUAACAAGUAUUUGUCUAUCCACGAGUCUUUUUGGAGGCGAGAAGGUUUACGAACCUUUGAAUUGUCGCGAAGUAAUCGAUGUUAUUAUAAAUAUUAUGGCAAUUUUAAAAUUUUGAUUUAAAUUAAAAUUUGGAUUGGAACAGCCAUGUCGAUCUCAAAAUUUUUCACGUAUUAUAAUUUUAAUGUUACGCUGCAAUGUUAUUAGUAUUAAAAAAUCAGCGAUAUCGAGACUUCCAAGCAUUUUAUUAUGUUAUGUUGUUAACAAUGAGUACAGCCAACUAAAGAUGGUUGAAUUAAGUGUAAUUUUAAUGUAACAAAUAGAUCAAUGUUGCACCGUUAAACAUGGAUAUUUUUAGUGUUAUUAUAUAUUUUUAUAAUGAAAUAAGAAAAUCAUUUUAUUAAUUUUUCAAGUUGAAUCUUGUUUCAAGAAUGGUCCAUUUAUUACGAGUAUUUAUUUACUUUUCAGAUUUUUAAGUUCUUUCAGACUGAUAUUCUGGGUAUUGUGAAUAGUAGUUCGUCAUUUGCGUAUGGUAUUGUCAAUUUCCAACAUUAUUUUAAUUUGAUAAUAACUCGUCUAAAUACGCACACGUCGGCUUUGCAUUUCGUCUCUACGUGGGGUCUGUGUUGACCCCAGUCAUGUUCCUAAGGUAUGAUAGUUAGGGCGUCAACAAUGUACGAACAGUACUGACGGCCCUAACAUUGGCUCCUGAAUGGAGUGUUGUGUAUAAAUAAAAGAUAGUGCCUGUUCAAACAUUUCAUAUUGAGUAGAAAAUCGUGCUUUACAACUUUAGGUGAACAAGUUUUAAUCAUCAAACAAAAGUUUCUAUAAUAAUUGUUGACAAUUUUAAGUGGUGAUUAAUGGAUAAAAAGCGGUAUUUGGAAGUAUUUUUAAGCAUUCUGUUAUUAUCGACGAGUUCAAAGAUAUUUCCAUACUUUAAUGCCACUGUGAACAUGGAAAGGAAAAUUGGGGAAAUGUUUGUUAAAAAUUCAGAGUUCAGACUGUUCUAUAGGUUAAUAUGAACAUUUUAUUUCCAGUUUAUUUUUUGCAAUAAUGUAUUUAAAAUUUUGUUUUCUAUAAUCUGACUGAAAUUUUUAUAUCAAAGUAUAUUUUAUUGUACUUAAAGUUUAUACACAAAUCGAAUCUUUAAAUAUGAAUUUCAUUAUUAUAAUGAUCUGCAAAUUGUGAUAUUAUUUCUUCAAUGACGUUUUAGUAUACCGAGUAUGCAAAACCAGAUUGACUACAAACAUUUGAUUGUUAUUUUUCUGCAAAAUUGAAUCGUAUUAUGUACUUUGAUUAUAUUUAUUAUUUCGAUAAAA